AUGGACAUAUCGGAGCAAGGGCGCAUCGUCGGACCGAUCACGGCGACGGCGGCGGCGAGUUGGAAGGAGCUCCACGGCGAGCGGUCGUGGGACGGGCUGUUGCGGCCGCUGGACCUGGACCUGAGGCGCACGUUGAUCUGGUACGGUGAGAUGGCGCAGGCAACGUACGACGCGUUCAACCACGAGAGGCACUCGCCGCACGCCGGACUCUCGAGGUUCGGCAGGAAGCGCUUCUUCGAGCGCGUGAUGCUGCCGGGCCACGCCGCCGCGUACCGGGUCACCAGGUUCCUGUACGCCACGUCCUCCGCCCCCGCCGCUCCGGCCGCCGCGUUCGUGAGGAGCCGCCAUCCGCGGCACCGGUGCAAGGAGUCCAACUGGAUCGGGUACGUCGCGGUGACCACGGAUGCGGGGAAGGCGGUGCUCGGGCGCCGGGACGUGGUCGUCGCGUGGCGCGGCACGAUCCAGGCGCUGGAGUGGGUCGACGACCUCGAGUUCUCCAUGGUGCAUCCCAAGGGCAUCCUUGGCGACGCCGAUGCCAUGGUGCACCGUGGCUGGUUCUCCAUCUACACCUCCAACGACCCGGCCUCCACCCACAACAAGGAAAGCGCGAGAAGCCAGGUGCUGGCCGAGGUGCGGAAGCUGGUAGACAUGUACAAGGACGAGGAGGUGAGCAUCACGGUGACCGGGCACAGCCUCGGAGCGGCGCUGGCUACCCUGAACGCCUUCGACAUCGUCGAAAACGGCUACAACUGCACGGUCUCGGCGACGUUCCCCGUCACGGCGUUUGCGUUCGCCAGCCCGCGCGUGGGCGGCGCCGGAUUCAAGAAGCGGUUCGACGCCGCGGCCGUGGCCGUCGGCCUCCGCGUCCUGCGCGUCCGCAACGCCCGGGACAUCGUACCCAGGUACCCGGCGCUGCUGUACCACGACGUGGGCUCCGAACUGGCCAUCGACACCGGCGCGUCGCCGUACCUGAGGGCGACCGGGGACAGGCGCGUGUGGCACAACCUGGAGUGCUACCUGCACGGUGUGGCGGGCGCGCCGACGGCGGCCGGAGGAGCGUUCGAGCUCGUGGUGGAACGGGACGUGGCCCUUGUGAACAAGUUGUACGAUGCGCUGAGAGAGGAGCACGGGGUGCCUGCGGGGUGGUGGGUGCCGUGGAACAAGGGCAUGGUGAAGGGGGACGACGGACGCUGGAGGCUGGUGGACUGCGAAGACGAGGAUGGGGAGGACGCCGUCGUGCCGCCGGUGAACAAGUGAAGUGGACGCCUCCAUAUCAGGGUCGCGUCAUGCAUGCAUGCACCAAAGUCAGUUGAUUGUUAGUCUCUCCCAAUAUAAGUCGUUUUAGCAAGCUAUAAAACGACCUAUAUAUUGAAACAGAGGAAGUUUUUUUUUUGUUUCGUAUUCGGGAUGUCUAUUAUCUGGAGUAUUAUUUGGAAGCUUCAUAGUAAAUUGUACUCCCUCCGUUCCAUAAUAUAAAAACACUUUUUACACUAGUGUAGUGUAGAAAACGUUCUUAUAUUAUGUGACAGAGGGAGUAAUUAUGUUUUAAUUGUGGGAUUAUAGCCCAGGACUUAAUGUAAUGUUAU